AUGGAAGAAAUAAUUGCUCGUGCUGAAUGCUAUGUGAAAGGAGAGGAAUCUAAUGCAGAAAAAAGAGCUAGGGAUGCCAAGGAAAAAGGAAACUCAGGAGUAGAGCGGAGGAAUCCUUAUGUUCCACCUAACAGGGAUAGGGGAACCUUCAAAAAGCCUCACGAUAGGGGUCCUCAUCGAUAUUCGCACGAUCACUUCACCCCCUUGGACACCCGUCCUGAAAAAAUUCUCAGGGAGGUUCUCGAGUCAAGAAUAAUCCCGCCAGCUGCAGAACCCCGCGUCAAGUACAUGGGUCUCAACAAAGAUGCUUGGUGCAAAUAUCAUCAGGUACUAGGCCACGACACGGACGAGUGCGUUCAUCUGAAGAAGGAAAUUGAGAAGCUUAUCCAGAACGGGAAAUUAAGAGGUUGUACCAAAAACAACGAAGAUAGGCGUCGGCCGGAGGCAACCCUUGAUAAACCCGCUGCCGAGCCUAAACAUACGCUUCAUACCAUCUCAGGUGGUUUUGCCGGAGGCGGGGAAUCUGGUAAGUCCCGAAAGAAGUAUGCUCGCCAAGUGAUGCUUCUAGGAGAUGCUCAUGCUUCAGAAAAAAUCCCAACUAUUUCUUUUUCUCAGGAGGAUUUCGGACAGGUAAUCCCUCAUGAUGAUGAUCCAUUGGUUGUUUCUUUCCAACUUCUUAACCGGGAAAGGGUACUUGUGGAUACCGGCAGUUCUGCAGAUGUUCUUUAUUAUGAUGCUUUCAACAAGAUGGGUUUAAGCGAAGAACAGCUUCAACCUUUCAAGGGAACCCUGUCAGGUUUCACCGGAGAGAGGGUACACGUUCGUGGUUAUCUCACUCUGAAAACCAUUUUCGGAACAGGGGAUCAACAAAAAUCCAUGAAGAUCAGAUAUUUCGUGUUCAACGCGCCCAGCUCAUACAACGCUAUCAUUGGGCGUCCUUCCAUCAAUCUCUUAGACGCUUUCGUCUCCACUAAACACUUAAUGAUGAAAUAUCCCCUGGUCAAUGGGCGAGUUGGGAUAGUGAGGGGCGAUCAGAAGAUUGCACGAGAAUGUUAUCAUGCCAGCCUCAAACUCGUCGUGAAAAGCAGUGAAAUACUCGGUGUAAAUCUCAUUGACCUUGAUCCGUGA